ACAUCCGUUCAUUUGAUUGGAUACGCCAUCCGAAACGUCAUCGUGUAAAAAUGGGGGACGACUUGGGGGACGAGUGGUGGGAGCAUGGCCGGGAAUCAGACAGCGCCGAGGUGGAUGGGGAGGCUGAAAAGGGGAAAAACAAGAACAAAUCAAUAAAAGGAAAGCCAAAUGUAGCAAAUAACGCAAAGAAGAGGAAGAAGCUAACGGAAAAAACGGUGCCAGCAAAGAAGAAAAAGAAUGAAAAGGCGUCAAACAUUCCGAAGCAGAAGAACGAGAGGGAAACAUCAACCAAAUCACCCAGAACGCGAAAGAGGAAGAAGAAAACCAUUACGGAUGUGUUGGCCGCCUCUGACCCCAAACCGGGCUGUCCUGCAGACCUUCAGAACCUCCUCACACGCUACUUCUCAGACAAGCGCUCUGUGAUCGAGCAAGAGGAGCUCAAACUGCAAGAUUCUUGCUUCCUGGCCUGCAAUGACCUGACACACACCCUCUCAUCCUAUUUGAAGCACAUUUGUCCCAAAUGGGCAAAGGUUCAGAGACAACACACAGAAAAAAGAUCGGUAGUGCUGCUUAUCGUCUGUAGCUCUGCCCUCCGUGCCCUCGAGCUGAUAAAGCAACUGACAACAUUCAAGGGUGAAGCCAAGGCCGUAAAGCUUUUUGCAAAACACAUCAAGAUUGAGGAGCAGGUGAAGCUGCUGCAAAAGGGAGUCGUUCAUAUCGGAGUCGGCACUCCUUGUAGGAUCAGUGCUCUUAUUCACCAAGAUGGAUUGGACUUGCAGGCAUUGCGUUUUCUGGUUCUGGACUGGAACUGGAGAGACAAGAAGUGCAGGAGGAUGAUGGACAUUCCUGAGAUCAAACUGGAUGUCUUUAAGCUGUUGGAGAGCUGCAUCCUCGACAGAUGCAAAGCAGAUAAAGUGAAAAUUGGACUGUUUUAACUCAAGAUUGUCAACUUGACUCUUAGCUAAUGAUUUACACAACACGCUUGCGUGUUCAAAGCUUUGUCCUGCGGCAUCUUGCUCUUUGUUUGCCCACGCUGUGCUUUUUACUGUUGUCAGGGGGGGGGUGUCAAAAUGUGCGACAUUGUUUGUUCAACAAAAUGUUUUGGCGAGAUGUUUUCAAUAAAUUGACCGUGAAGUGAUGACA